CUCCUAUCUCUCUGUGCUUUUGUCACUCUGUUGGUACUCACAGAUACACAGCGGUUUCUGAACUGGGGUUUUGGUGAGAGAACAAAAAAAAAAACAAAAAACAAAAAACUUGAAGAAACACAGAGAAACUUCUCUUCUAGGUCUCUUGCAUACACCACAAUGUCGGCUCUCAAAGACCAGGAUCCUCGCGUCCAUGCCAUCAAAACCAAGAUUCGAGUCGUCCCCAAUUUCCCCAAACCCGGAAUUAUGUUCCAAGAUAUCACAACUUUGUUGCUAGACCCAAAAGCCUUCAAGGACACAAUCGAUAUGUUCGUGGAGAGAUACAAAGGCAAAAACAUUUCAGUGGUUGCAGGAAUUGAGGCUCGAGGUUUCAUUUUUGGUCCUCCCAUUGCGUUGGCAAUUGGAGCAAAGUUUGUUCCCCUGAGAAAACCAAGGAAAUUGCCUGGUGAUGUUAUUUUUGAAGAGUACACUUUGGAAUAUGGAAGGGACCGUCUUGAGAUGCAUGUUGGAGCAGUAGAACAGGGUGAUCGUGCUCUGGUAGUUGAUGAUUUAAUAGCCACAGGAGGCACGCUCUGUGCUGCAAUGAGUUUAUUGGAUCUGUCAAUGCGAGUAAAUCUGAGCGAUGAUUUAAAUGUUUUCUCUCAGAACGUGUUGGAGCAGAAGUAGUUGAAUGUGCCUGCCUUAUUGAGUUGCCAGAUUUACAGGGUCGUGAGCGAUUGAAUGGCAAACCAUUGUAUGUACUGGUGGAGUCCCACUAAAUCCGGCAGGACCAUAUGAUUCAUCACCUGAGAUGAUGAUACUGCAUGACAAAAAUGUACAUUAGAGGCACAUUACGGGCUACUCUCAUCUCCGGAAUCCGAUUUAUCUACCCAAUCCCAUUCUAUCCCUUUUUUCCUGUUUCCUUCAUUAGCUGAGUCUCUAAAAAACUUGGUUGUUGGGACUCUUCAUUUUACUUAGUCGCGUAGAGCAUUGGAUUAUGGAAAGCACUCUUGAUUUAAGAAAUGCAGUAGGACUCAUUUUUAUUUC